AAGAAAAGGAAUCAGCUUUUGAGGGUUUUACUAGGGAUUUCGAACCUUCUCCCUCAGGUGUUAAGAUCUGGGGCUAAUCUUUAAGUGAAAAAGAAAAAUAAAAACUAAACAAAGAAGGAAAAAGAAAAUGAGCGCUACCAGGUUUAUAAAGUGCGUGACUGUUGGUGAUGGUGCCGUUGGUAAAACUUGUUUGCUGAUUUCUUACACCAGCAACACUUUCCCUACGGAUUAUGUGCCAACUGUUUUCGACAAUUUCAGCGCAAAUGUUGUUGUCAAUGGAAGUACUGUUAAUCUGGGGUUGUGGGAUACUGCAGGACAGGAGGAUUAUAACAGAUUAAGACCCUUGAGUUAUCGUGGCGCAGAUGUGUUCGUCUUGGCAUUUUCCCUCAUUAGCAAGGCCAGUUAUGAAAACGUUUCUAAAAAGUGGAUUCCGGAGCUGAAUCAUUAUGCCCCAGGUGUGCCAGUUGUUCUUGUUGGAACCAAGCUUGAUCUUCGGGACGAUAAGCAGUACCUUAAUGAUCAUCCUGGAGCUGUGGCCAUUUCUACAGCCCAGGGAGAGGAGCUGAGAAAGCAGAUCGAUGCGCCUGCAUACAUCGAAUGCAGUGCAAAGUCGCAGCAGAAUGUGAAGUCAGUGUUUGAUUCAGCCAUCAAAAUCGUUCUUCAACCUCCCAAGCUGAAGAAAAAGAAGAACAAAGCAUGCUCGGUAUUGUGAGCAGAAAAGGAAAAUGCAUCCGUCGUCCUACUACCCCGCCCUUUGUCUGGUAGAAUUGCUUUAUUGAAACUCUUGUUCAAACGAUGCCAGCCUCCUUCCUGCACUCUUUUUUUGAUAAAAUUUAUGUAUUAAUGCUACUUGAACAUUCUAGUUAGGAAACUGCUCGGACAGUCUUUUAAUUUAUUGCUCGUCAUUGGUUUUAAAUAAGAAUUGGA